UUAACUAAACCUAAUAAUAAUGGACUCUACGUUUGGCAAUGUGUUUCUGUUCCUCACCGAUUUGGCUUGGAAGAGUCGUUUGACAAUACCAUUGCUGGUCACAACAGCUUUCCUGGUCAUGGACAUACGCUUGCAGAUCGAGAUUAACAUCCAGACGGGACAAGUGAAUGCCAGCGACCUUGAUGAGCAGGACGACGCUUUCGAGGAACAAUUGGCGCACGGCGCAGCGUUUGCAAUGGAAGAGGAGAGCGACGUCUAUACGGAUGAUCUCGAGGAGUAUAAUAGCGAGUAUACCAACGGAGAUGGUAACAGCAGCGACACGUCACGUUACAGCGUGGAUAUCGACGAUGACCUGGGCUCCGAGUAUGACGUCGAGAAUGAUCUCGAUGCUUACUAUGCGAGCGAAAUUCACUUCUAGCUAGACUACUUCGAAUAUAAAUUUUAAGAGUAAUAUAUGUACAUGUUAGAAGCUAAUUUCUGUAGAUUGUAGAUGUAUAUGCAUAUAGCCCCAAUAUUACGUGUUUGUAUAUUUCGGUGUAA